AUGAGUUUGCUUGGUGAGGAAGAGCGGCGACAGGCUGCGCGCGAUGUUGAUGAGGAUGCUUCCGAUGACGGUCUCAAACAUCCCAUGUCCGCCAAGGAUAAGCGGGCAAUGGUCCUGCUUUGUGUCUUGUAUCUAAUCCAGGGUGUCCCGCUAGGGCUCGCUUUAGGCUCUGUUCCCUUCCUUCUCAAGGAUCAUCUGUCAUAUUCUCAGCUAGCAACAUUCGCUUUGUCUAGCUAUCCUUAUUCUCUCAAGCUUCUUUGGUCCCCCGUAGUCGACUCUGUCUUCUUUGUUUCCAUAGGCCGCAGAAAAUCAUGGAUUAUACCGAUGCAACUCAUCGUUGGGACCUUGAUGUUGUACAUAUCAUUCAACGUCCAAAGGCUUAUGGAUGAUGCGGCCGAGUAUGUUUAUGAACUCACGUUUGUUUUUACAUCACUCGUGUUCAUUUCAGCCACUCAAGACAUCGCCGUUGAUGGUUGGGCUUUGACCCUUCUCUCACACGAGAACUUGUCAUAUGCAUCUACGUGCCAAACAAUUGGCCUCAAUACUGGUUAUUUUGCCUCAUUCACAGUCUUCCUCGCUUUCAACAGCAGAGAGUUCACCGACCAAUGGGGGUUGCCGCAUCUCUCCUUGAGUGCGUACUUGAAGUUCUGGGGUGUGGCCAGUUACUUAGUGACUAUGUGGCUUCUCUUCUUCAAGAAGGAGGACAAAGAGCCUGCCAACGAGGCUGACAUGAGCAUAACCGGUGUUUACAAGACCAUAUGGUCAAUUUGCAAACUCAAGCACAUCCAACAGCUCAUUAUAAUGCAUUUCUUUGCCAAACUAGGCUUUGCCGCCAAUGAUGCGGCUACCUCUUUAAAAAUGGUCGAAAAGGGAUUCAGGCGCGAAGAACUUGCCGUCGCGGUCCUCAUCGACUUUCCUUUCCAAAUUGCUGGCGGAUGGCUGGCUGCACGUUGGUCUCGGGGUGAUCGACCUCUCCGUCCUUGGGUCAUAGCCUUUGUGCCGCGGCUAUUCUUUUGUCUCGCGGGCACGCUGAUCGUGUAUUGGUUCCCAACACCACCGAUAUCAGGGGGUUUCUUUGUCUUCCUGAUAGUGCAAACCGUACUGGCGUCGUUUUCAAGCACUGUGCAGUUUGUUGGUAUUUCGGCUUUUCACACUCGGGUGUCAGAUCCUCUAAUCGGAGGUACCUACAUGACGUUAUUGAACACAUUUACGAACCUUGGGGGCACAUGGCCCAAAUGGUUCGUUUUGAAAGGUGUUGAUCUCUUCAGUGUGGCCACAUGCAAGGUAACAGAUGCUGGCACUGAAAUCGCUGUCAGAGCGACGGAAUGUGUUUCCGACUACGGAAAAGCGAUGUGUAAAGACAUCAACGGGGAAUGCAUCACAGAGACUGAUGGAUACUAUAUCGUCUCUAUUGUCUGUAUGACGUUUGGUAUACUGUUCCUGUUAGGUUUCAUCAUGCCUACGGCGCGUAAGCUACAAGAACUCCCUUCGUCAGUAUGGCGUGUAAAGUUGUGA